GCAUAGGGCUCUUUUAUAUUGUAAUCGCAUUUGGGAAAACAAGUGAAAAUAGUUAAGUUAGACACGUUUUUUAACAAAUAAAAUUUAAAACAGUUUUUAAAAACUGUUCAUUAUUCUCGUCAUCGUCAACACUCUAUUGGAGGAGCAAAACUACAAGUAUGGGAGUACCAGCAUUCUUUCGCUGGCUUAGCCGCAAAUAUCCCAGUGUUAUAAUAGAGUGUGUGGAAAAUAAACAAGUGGAUCCGGAGACCAAUAAGAAUAUUUAUGACGAUGGAACAUUACCGAAUCCGAAUGGAGUGGAAUUUGAUAAUUUAUAUCUGGAUAUGAAUGGUAUCAUUCAUCCUUGUACACAUCCAGAAGAUAAACCGGCGCCCAAAAAUGAAGAUGAAAUGAUGGUAGCCAUCUUUGAUUGCAUAGACAGAUUGAUGAAUAUUGUGAGGCCGCGUAAGUUGUUGUACAUGGCUAUUGAUGGUGUGGCGCCGAGAGCUAAAAUGAAUCAACAGCGCUCUAGAAGAUUUAGAGCAGCUAAGGAAUCUGUUGAAAAGCGUAUGGAAAUUGAGAGAAUACGCAGUGAGUUGGCGGCUAAAGGUUGCAUUUUGCCACCAGAGAAAGAAAAGGGAGAACAUUUCGAUUCGAAUUGUAUUACUCCCGGCACCCCAUUCAUGGAACGUUUGAGUCAGUGUCUACACUACUAUGUACACGAUCGCUUGAAUAACAAUCCAGCUUGGAAGAAUAUUAAGGUGAUCUUAUCGGAUGCCAAUGUGCCCGGUGAAGGUGAACACAAAAUUAUGGAUUACAUAAGAAAACAACGUUCACAACCUGACCAUGAUCCCAAUACCCAACAUGUUUUAUGUGGUGCCGAUGCUGAUUUGAUUAUGUUAGGUCUGGCCACCCACGAACCCAAUUUUACAAUUAUACGUGAAGAGUUCUUACCCAAUAAACCCAAACCCUGUGAAUUGUGCGGUCAAUUUGGUCAUGAAAUGAAAGAUUGUUCGGGCCUUAAUGCUGCUGGUGUCAAUGAUGUGACUAAUUUUAAACCUGACGUGCCUAUUGGUGCGGAAGUUAAGUUCAUAUUUGUACGUCUGAGUGUAUUGCGCGAGUAUUUGAAGAAAACUCUGGAAAUGCCUAACUUACCGUUUAAAUACGAGUUUGAACGUGUUCUGGACGAUUGGGUUUUCAUGUGUUUCUUUGUGGGUAACGAUUUCUUGCCGCAUUUACCUUCAUUGGAAAUUCGUGAAGGAGCCGUUGAUCGCCUAGUAGAGUUGUACAAGAAGUGUGUUUAUCGCACCAGGGGAUAUUUAACCAAUUCCGGUGAGGUCGAUUUGGAAAGUGUGCAAUUGAUUUUAACAGAUUUGGGCAAUGUUGAAGAUCAAAUUUUCAAGGAUCGUCAACGUAAAGAGCAACAAUUUAAGCAACGUGAAAAGGCUAAACGUCGUCGUGAAGAGGGUUAUAAUGCUUCGGUCAUGGAACAGUCUGGAUCAUUCAAGUUGAAUCCAUUAGGUAAAGCCAGUGCGAAUCCACUGCCCCUUAUCGAUAAUUAUAAACAAGAGGCAGCUAAUCUGAGAAAUUCAACUAAUGCCGCUUCAUCAUCUCAGUCAAAUGAUCAACAAGGUAAAGGCAAUAAACGUACUGCAUCGCAGGCUAAUUUGGAUGAUGAAGAUGAUGAAUAUAAAAAUGAUGAGGUGCGUUUAUGGGAAAAUGGUUUCAAGGAUCGUUAUUACGAAUCAAAAUUCGAUGUUGGCAAGGAUAAUUUAGAUUUUCGUUAUUCAGUGGCCUUACAAUACGUACGUGGUCUUUGUUGGGUUCUCAAAUACUACUAUCAGGGAUGUGCCUCUUGGGAUUGGUAUUUCCCAUAUCAUUAUGCACCCUUUGCCUCGGAUUUUGUUAAUAUUGCCGGUUUAUCUACACAAUUUCCAAAGGGUUCUAAGCCUUUCAAUCCAUUGGAACAAUUGAUGGGCGUUUUUCCAGCUGCCAGUAGUUCACAUGUUCCUGAACCUUGGGCAAAGCUUAUGCAUGAUCCACAGUCGGAUAUCAUUGAUUUCUAUCCGGAAGAUUUUAAAAUUGAUUUGAAUGGCAAGAAAUUUGCCUGGCAAGGUGUUGCCUUGUUGCCAUUUGUGGAUGAAAAACGUUUAUUUAAAGCUUUAGAACCCUAUUAUGGUUUGCUAACGGAAGAAGAGAUUAAACGUAAUAAACAAGGUAACUGCAGACUUUAUGUGGGACGCGGCAAUAAAGCCUACAAGACACUGUCUUUACAUUACACUAAUAAAACGUUUAAAAAGACACCAGAGAUACCCAUAGAAAUUGAGGGUAUGAGAGGUACUAUAUUGGAAUCGGAGGAAAAUGUACCCAAAAAGGGUACUUUACAUUCACCCAUUAUGGGUCUGUACGAUAUAACCGAAAAUUAUGUUAUUACGGUUAAAUUUCGUGAUCCACAUUAUGCUGAAGACUUUAUAUUCCCUGCUGAGCGUUUAACAAAUGCCAUCGAUCCACCAAAUAUUUUGGCACCCGAAUCGAGAGGUUCGAAUUAUAGACCGCGCAUAGGUUUCAAUCAUAAUAUGCCGCAAGCCUAUGUUACCCAAGGUGGUCAUCGUAUGUUGAACAAUUCUAUGGGCAAUCCCCAACAGCAACAGCAGAGAAAUAACUAUCAACAACAGGGUUAUAGUUAUAAUAAUAACAAUAAUAAUAACAAUAGAGGAGGAGGUAGAGGUGGUUAUGGUGGUGGUGGUGGCCGCGGUUAUCAUCAAGGCAAUAGAGGCAAUUAUGGUGGUGGUAAUGGUAGAGGUGGCUAUAAUAGCGGCGGCGGCGGUGAUUAUCAAAGAAAUAAUAACCAACAACAGAAUCCACAACAAAACUCUUCAUCAUAUCAAGGCAAUCGUUAUCAGAAUAAUGCCCAAAAUAAUCGUUAUAAUAACAAUUAUAACAACAACAAUAGCAGUAGAAGAUAUUAAAAUGCAUUUUAUAACAAUUUUCUAAUUUUAAAUAAUAAUUUGUAUGAAAACAGUUUAUGUUUUCAAUCUAUAAGUCCAACAUAAUAAAUUGUUUAAAUAGUAAACAUUUUAAAAACUUAACGAAACACACAACAAGAACAACAUAAAAAAACUGUGAAGCAUUUCUCAAAAUUUCUACUUUUUUUAAAGAAAAAUUUUAAUUUUCCAUGAAAAUUACAAAAAAAAAAGAAGAUUUAAACAAUAUUUUUUUAAAUUCAGCAUUAACACUGUUCUUUUCAGAUUAAACUGACUUUUUUUUAAUAGAAAUUUACUCUUGACUUUAAUUUAAAAACAUUACAAUUAUGACCUAAAACAAUUUACACUAAUGUAUGUGUAUAACUUUAUACAAAUUU